GAGGGCCCCCGUGCCAGGACAGCUGUGCAAGCCCUGACCAGAACACACAGGAGCUGGAUGGGGAGACUGACCAGGGCUGGAGCUGCAGUCGCCUGGCAGAGAGAGGCCCAGCCUGGCAACAGGGGAAACUGAGGCAGCGGUGUGGCCCUGGAGACCGAGGGUCAGAGCUGGACCUACUGGGGCCAGGGUGCUGUCCUCCGUCUGGGUCCACAAUGGUUGCUGGGGUCUGGGUGGGAGUCUGACCUGGAGACCUAGGUCCUGCCGUCUGACUACCUCUGGGAACCCACCGGGCCUGUUGCCCGGAGAACAUGAGUGAACAGGAGAAGGAGACGGAGGAGGAUGAGGGAGGGGGCGCUUCCGACACAGCACCCAUGCUGCCAGGAAGACUUCCUGACUGCCAGGCCUCAGCCCUGAUGUCCCCAGGGUGGGUAGGCCUGGCAGUCCAAGGCUUCGGGACCCUGUUGCUGCCUGGCCAGGCCCUGGCGGGGCUCCUGCUGCACCUGCUGUUGCCCGCCGCCGUGUUCCUGAUGGUGCUGCUGCCGGCGGCGGCCAUCGUAUACCUGGGAUUCCUGUGCCACUCAAGGGUUCACCCGGCACCCCGCCCCGCGUGCCGCGCGCUCCUCUCGGACAGAGGCUCCGCGGCGCUCAUCGUCCUCGGCUUCCUCUCGCUGCCUCCGCUGCUCGUGCUUGCCUCGGCCGCUCGCACCCGCCUGGCCCGGCGCCUCCUCACGCUGCUACCCCCAACUUGGACCCCUGGACCCCGCCGCCACCCGGGGUUCAGCGACUGUGGGAGUGGGGAGGAGCAGCUCUGCGCCUGGGUGUGAGCCCCAGAGGCCUCUCCAAAGGACAAGAAUCCCAAAUCCGGGAAGGUCCCCGAACUCCUCCCCCCGCCCCCUAAGAGAGCCCCAGGCCUGCGAGCUCGGGGUCUGCGUCCAGGUUCUGUCCUCCAAAAUCGCGGGCAUACCUCGGGGCUUCGUACGCAGUGCUUCGAGUGGCCGCGAGAUGGCACCAGACUCCCCCGAACCGAGGUCCCCCCUUCCCCAAGGUCUCCCCACCCCCGCAGUCCCCUCUGAUGCGGAGGGGCUGGGAAGCCCCCAGGGAGGAGGGAGAUGCCUCUCAGAGAAGGGGCGCCCGGCCAGGCUCAGAGAAAGGGGGUCUUCCUGGCUUCUGUCCGCAGACCUACGGGCCCCUUGUGUGGUCAGUCAGAGGGCCUCCAGAGGGUUCCAGAAGUGGCGAGACUUGCCCGGGAAGAACAUGAUUCCAGAAGCUCAGCAAUGGCCAGCAGCCCCAGGCCUUGCAGGGCUCAGCCUGUGAUGGGGUUGCGGGCCCAGCUUGUGACCCGGGCUAGCAUCUAGACAGGUUGGACAGGUUAACUCAAGUCUGUUCUCUCUGGAUAAUUGUAAGAUCUUCUCUGUCUUUUCCCAUCUUUGGCUUUAAGCAUGUUUCUAGUUGUGGAUAUGUUCUUAUUCAUCCAUUUGGUAUAUACGGUGUUUCCUGUUCCUACAGAUCCCUAUCCUUCAUCAGUUCUGGAGAAUUCUCAACCAUUACCUCUCCAAGUUGGCCUCCCGUUCAUUCUUUUUUGGGAGCAUCUCUUCCCCUUCGCUCCCAGUGUCCGCUGGCCUCUCUUUUGUAUUUCCGUCUCCCCAACUCUGUGCUGCAUUCUGGGCAAUUUCUUCAUCUUCUUCAGGUUUCACUAAUUAUUUGAUUGUGUCUAAUUUGCCAAUUAAUGUGUUCAUUUAAUUUUAAGUUAUUAUCAUAUCUAAAAGUUAUACUUGUUUCUUAUUCAAAUCUCAUCAUUUUUGAUGGUCUCCGUGCAUGUUCGAUUUUUGGAUCCCAGUUUUGCUUCAAUUUCCUGAGCAUUUCACAUAUAGUUAUUUUAUAUUCUGUACCUAAAAAUUCCAGUUUCUUACUCUUUGGGGGAGGGUGUCCAAAUCUAUUAUUUGUUGUUUCUGAUGAUUCUCACUAAUAGUAUAUUGUUUCUUUGAAGGGAUGCUCAUUUCACACUGUCACCCCAUACCUGUGAACAUCCUGAGGACACAUCCCUCCGGGAAGGAUUCCCUCUGCAAGGCAUGCCCUUACCUGGGCCCUGCUCGGGUCCUGUGUGGGCUUUCAUAAUUGCAAUUUCGCCUCUCCAUCCCUGUGUAGAGGGGCCUCCCUGCUAUCCCACCUGUUUCCUUUCAUCUUCCUGGGUUUCUGUUCAUUACCCUUCUGUUUCUUUCUUUAUUUAUUCUUAGUGUUUUUAAUUUUGGGGGAGCCUUGAAGAUAUUUACUUCCUUGUAAGCCCAGCAGUGUAUUAAAAAUGUAUUUCUUGGGCGCC